UUCAAUCUCUAUAAGUUGUACAGCUUCUGAUAAGAUCGUUAGGUCAGAUUUCUGGGGAUACCACUUUGCCUGCAUGUCUUGUUUGAGUCAUUUGUUUAGUGUUGAAUCAUCCUUUGGUAAUACAUUUUAAAAUAAUGGGCAUUUUGCAGAUUUCAAUGCGAUUGGGCAUUAGACGAUUCAGAAUCUAUAAGAAGAUAGCUGUUACAAUAUUUAUGCUGUCCAUCUCUUGGUAUAUAGUGCUACACAUUCUGGAUAUACAGUCUCCACUUUCAAAAACUACAAAAAUCCGUAUAUUAAGACAAUCUUUGUUAUUUGGAAAGGAUGAAAAUUUCAGGUUUAGUAGAGACGAUCUCAAUCUCAACUUCAAGUCAAGUUCUACAACUAGGAUUGAGAAUAUGACAUAUGACAACGUGAAUGAUUUCCCUUGCACUCAAACGAAUGACGCGAUUUUAAAGCUUGGAGAUAAUGACACAGAUGAUAUCAUGUGUUCUUCGAGACCAAAGUAUAUUGAGACUUACCUAAAUCCAUGCUUCAGAGAGAGCUACUCCUCAAGGAACAAAGGCUUGGUUUUUAAGUGCUUGCCAUAUUUCCAUAUCUUGGGCUUUGACAAAUGUGGAACAACAGACUUCCAUAACAGGUUGACCCAGCAUCCGCAGAUCAUACAUAAUAGUGGACCAAUGGGCAAAGACAUUUAUUACUGGAGUUGGUCAAGAUAUGGACUUCAUCCCAGCAAUACGUCUGUCAAAACGCAACUGUGGCAGUACAAGAAUAUGUUCCAUGUGAUGUCUGUGCAGAUAACUACUAUGCUGUCACAGUCCAAGAUACAACUCAUAACAGGAGACGCAACUCCAGUGGAUGUUUGGGAUUUUCGUGGUUGGCCAGAAGAUCCUCAGAACAAAGGUCUCCAGGAGCCAAGAUUUCUGACUCCACACGCCAUGCGUCACAUUUAUAAAAACCCAAAAUUUUUUAUUUUGGUCAGAAACCCUGUUGAUAGGUUAUAUUCUGACUACACUUCUCGUGGUUUUGGCUUUACUCCAGAAAAAUUAGCUGUAGAUGUGCCUAUAGCCGUGUCUUUGAUAACUGAGUGUCUACGGACCCACUCAAUACUCCAUUGUUUUUUCAGUGAUGAAUUGUAUCAGAAACUACCAGUGAGGCUUCACGUCAGCUGUUACUCAGUCUUUCUAAGAGAGUGGUUCUCAGUCUUCAACAGAAAACAUUUCUUUAUUUUCCGUACUGAAGAUUACCAUAGCAACACAAAAGAAUUCUUGAGACAAGCUUUUGAUUUCUUAAAUGUUGAUCCACUGAAAGAUUCGGAACUAGAAGCCAUUGCUGAAGAAAGCACUAAACAGAAGACAAAGAACAAUAGUAGUGUUGGGCUAAUGUUUUCAGAGACCAGAUCCAUUUUAGAAGAAUUUUUUGCCAGCUUUAACCAGGACCUGGCCACAUUGUUAGGCAGCACCAAAUUUUUGUGGCGCGAUUGAUGCCAUCACUGCGAACACACCAUGAGGUUGCUUUAACCUUAAAUCGACGACAUCGAUAACACAGACCUAUUUAUAUUAGCAGACGCUACUAAGUUAUUAGCAAACACACACAUGUAUAUGUAUACAUGUUUGUUACUAGCAUGAGACUCCCAAGAUUAAAAAAAAUAACUGUGGAUUUGCUAUUCCUUUCAGAUAGUCUACAGCUUAAAUCACAGUCUACAGCUUACAUCACAGUCUACAGCUUAAAUCACAGUCUACAGCUUAAAUCACAGUCUACAGCUUACAUCACAGUCUACAGCUUACAUCACAGUCUACAGCUUACAUCACAGUCUACAGCUUACAUCACAGUCUACAGCUUACAUCGCAGUCUACAGCUUACAUCACAGUCUACAGCUUACAUCACAGUCUACAGCUUACACGUGAUUUAAAAAAUGUUGUGGGAGAUGAACAAAGUAGAAA